AUGGAAGCUUCGUUCAUCAACACAGAAACAAUGAAGUUCGCCGUCCUCGCCACCCUUGCCACCGCCGCCAUGGCCGUCGCCGCCCCGGCCCAGCUCGACAAUGCCGACCUCGCCGCGCGCGACGCCACCCCGCCGGAGGGCGAGGCCGUCGUCGUCCCGCAGGUCGCGCGCGACGCCGCCCCCGAGCCUCCGGCCGCGAACACUAACAACGACAAGAAGCGCUGGGUAUACCCGUACCUCCCGUGGAACCCGCCCGUGUACCGCCCCGACCGGCUGCCGACGACUUGUCCCGGGGGAUACUGCUACCCCGGCGGGUGGUGGUAG